AUGUCGAACUUGGAUCUGAUUGAAUCAAUCAUCAAGGGGCCGUCCAUCGAGCCGUCAGAGGAAGCCAUCAAAGCGCUCUUCGGUAGUAUCCCUUCCUCGGACGCAUCGAAACGUGCCCAGGCUUUGAAGGCAUUGGAAGCUUUAGCCUCACAAGACGAGGGAGGCCGCGGACCGACUUGGAUUAGAAAUGCGCUAGAAUCGCGGUUGCAUUCCACCCAAGCUCUCGAGGUUUGCAACGGCCUUGCCGUUCUUUCCGCGAUCUACGCGAUUUCUCAAGACCAGGCACUCCAACUCAGCCCACCAGAAGAAGCCGACCUGAAUAAAGUUUUCUCAGAGUUUCUUGCGCUCUAUCUGGACCACAAACCGCUCGGCGAGAGGAUUCGAUCGGAGUGGCCGGAAUGUCUGGAUUGGUUAACCGGGAUCUCUCUGGCCACCAGUCCCACCUCGGCCUCGAUUCCUGCGCGUUGUGGAGCAAGUUUGGCGCUGGUCAAGUUCGGGAAAUCAACCGACCAACCAUCCUCUGGGUCACCUUCGUCGGAGCAGCUCGUCGACAUCAUGAUGACGGCCUUCUUGGAAAACAAGAAUCCUCCCACCCCGGUCAUCGAAGGUCUGGCGCUUCUCAGCGAGGAAGAAUCCGCUCGAGAAAUAUUGAGAAAGCGAUCUGAAGAGUUCUUCCAAACCACCCGAUCCCUCUCACAAAGCAAUUGGGUUCAAGAAAAUCUCACGUCCGCUCAAGCUAUAGCCUCUGGACUCGCGACCAUCAUCCUCAAUCUUGUAGCUUUCAAGGUGAUUCCAGAUGAAUUACCGAUUGACGAAAGCAGAAAAAAACGUAUGCAAGCCUCCACUUAUUAUACUCCUUGGCACUUGUCCGGGGAUGGUAUAAAGAAUGAACGCGCCGAUAGAGAGCUGUUGGAUUGGCUCAAGCCUACACUCAAGCGUAACUCAGACUUGAUCCAAACCGUGGCCUGGGUUUCGAAGACUGAUGGCGGAAAUUCGCUGCAACUUAAAAAAAUUGCAACCCAAAUUUUAUUGAACCUGGUUGAAUAUGACAACUGCGCACAACUUGUCUUCAAAUCUGGGGGUUGUGAGAUGGUGAUGGAUAUCAUCAAUUCUCUUGAAUUUUCCAAGCAUCUCUCUCAUGAACAGGCCAAGCAAGCUGACAGCCCAUCAAAUGAGCCGCUUCUCAGCGAUCUCGAGCUUCAUCCACACGAGCUUGAGGCGAUCGAAGUAUUGGCAAAGUUGAUCGACAACGGGAUUACCUACCGGUCAAGCCCAGGCAAGGAUCUCGCUCGAUCAAUGAUCAAGCCACUCGCCGUUCCCUUUCUGCAUGCAUCGGCGACCGAGCUUCAGGACUUCCUUGCUCUAAAAGCCCUGUCCUACAUUGGCGGCUCUGCGGACGGAACGGCCGAAAUCAUCAAAUGCUCUCAAAUACUUGAUCGAUUGGAUGAACUCGUCGAAUCUGAGCCUUCUAAACAAGCAAUCGACUUCAUGGAUUCCCUCCUCUGCAAUCCCGCGUAUCGCAAGAGAUUCGCUCCGGCGACGACAGAAGACUCGACUCAGACAGACACUGCUUACAAGACAAGGCUUGAAAAUUUGAUCACUUUGAUCGAGGAGGAAGACGGCGAUGUUCAUUCCGCUGCUGCUAACACACUGUAUAGCCUUACUGAUUCAUCCCCGGAGGUCUGCAAGCUAAUCCUAUCAGACCCCUCAUUGACUGAGACCUUGUUGAAGUCCUUCCGACAAUGGGGUGGUGGGGAACGUGAUGUAGCUGGCUUCUACUCAUCAACCAGCGGCUCGAUGAUGGGAGUAUUCAAGAACAUCUACAAACAGCUUGACUGCUCCCCCGAGGACGAUCCUCCGGCACUCUUUGUGGACGACCGCUUGCAUUACGCACUUUGGCUCAUCGACGACUAUUGUGAGGAGGGCAUGGAACAUGGAGAAUUCAAAGACUGUCGUGAUCUUCAAGACGACGUCACUGAACUGUCCACCUGGAUCGUCGAUAACUUCGAAUCUCGCAAGAAAUUCAAACAUCAUAAUUUGAAUGGGCGGGAAUCUGCCGAUUACGACGAUUAUCGUUAA